GUGAUCUUAGCAAAGAAGAGCCUACAAUAUCUUCUCAUCUUCCUCUUACUACAACAAGUAGAGUUUGUCAAAAAUCUUCUCCUAGUACUACUACCUUGCCUAUAAAUAGUAUUUCAUUUAAAUUUAAAUUUACAACUUUCAUGAGAUCUUUUAAUGUUCAAUCAACAGCUUCAAACACAU